AUGGACGACCCCAGAAAUAUGCAGGAUUUUUCCAUCCUGACUCCAAAUGCCAUGCUGGGCUAUGGAUACAACUUGGAGCACUUCUGGUAUGGAAUCGCCAAACAUAAACCUGCGGCCAUCAUUGUCGACAGUGGCUCGACUGAUGGUGGUCCAUACAAACUGGGCAUGGGGAAAAUGACAUGCGGCCGCGGAUCUUAUGUGAGAGACCUCGAACCAAUUCUCUCUGCCUGUUUCCACCACAAAAUCAAGGUCCUGAUUGGAUCUGUCGGCGGAGAUGGAAGCAACAAACAUGUUCAAGAGAUGUCGGACAUUGUUUCUGAGAUCUCUGAGAGAAAUGGCUAUUCCUUCAAGAUUGCUACUAUCAAGGCUGGAUUCAACAAAGAUCUCAUCAAAUCAAGGAUAGAAAAGGGCCGAGUUGGGCCAUGUGGUCCAGUUGAACCUCUCGAUGCCGACACAGUGGAUGGAGCUGUGGAUGUUGUCGCCCAGAUGGGAGCCGAGCCUUUCUUGGAAGCGUUGAAAAGCGACCCUGACAUCAUCCUAGGAGGUCGUUGCUAUGAUCCAGCGCCCUUUGCUGCCUUUUCUAUUUCCCGCGGGGUUCUUCCUGAUGUGGCUUGGCAUAUGGGUAAAAUCAUGGAGUGUGGCGGAAUCUGCGCUGUUCCCAAGGGCCGGUCUAUGAUCGCUACUAUGAGAAAAGAUUCAUUCGACCUGACCCCUUUAUCUCCCGAGGAGCGGUGCACGCCCCUCUCCGUCGCCGCCCACACUCUCUAUGAAAAGACACGACCAGACCGCCUCCCAGGUCCCGGAGGUAUCUUAAACCUUGAACAUGCCAAGUACCAGCAGAUAACCGAAAAGACUUGCCGGGUUUCGGGAGCCAAGUUCGUCCAAACACCGUACCAGGUGAAGCUCGAGGGCGUCACACACCUUGGCUACCGCACUAUCUUUAUUGGGGGCAUUAGAGACCCCAUCCUGAUCAACCAGAUUGAUGAUUUCCUGGAGAGGGUCCGCAAAUACUCAAAAAAUUUGUUUCCGGAGCUUGACAAGUCGGAACAAUGUCGCCUCCUGUACCAUAUUUACGGGAAGAACGGCGUGAUGGGCCCGCUGGAACCCCUUCAGUCUGCUCCCCACGAGAUUGCCGUUCUCGGAGAAGUUGUUGCGCCCACCUCUGAGCUUUCACACACCAUCGCAAAUAAUGUGAGGGCGUCUAUUCUUCACUUCGCCUACCCAGGCCAAAUGGCCACAACUGGGAACUUUGCAAGUCCUCUUUCUCCCCACGAGCAAGACGCGGGUGCAGUUUUCAAAUUCAGCCUGUAUCAUCUUGUUGAUCUCGAGGAGGGUGAAGAGGCUUCCCUGUUUCCCAUCUCUAUUCAGUCCAUCGGCAAACAAGAUUCCGCCGUCACGCCCCCGUUUGUUCUUUCAGAGACGAAGUUGAAAGAGAUCGAUAAUGGAGCUCUUGCCCCCGUCUCCACCAAGGUCGUUCCUGAUGGCGAUGCCAAGCUAAGCGAGCUCGCACGUAUAAUUCGCUCGAAGAAUUCGGGUCCUUUUGAGAUGACGUUCGAUGUGAUGUUCGACCAGCCAGCGGUCUACCAAAGAGUCAAGGCCGCAAAUGUGCUGACCAACGAGACCAUCAAGACCCUAUAUCAAGUCAGCGACGAAGAUAUUCUUACGAACAUGUACUUCGACCCAGCUCUAGCAUGGAAAUGUACACUCCGACGGCCGUGGGCUCAGGGAAGUGUGGGCGAGCGCGAUACGCUUGGUACCCAGCAGCACGCUCCCCUGCUGGAUGUAUUCGUUCCAAAAGCGGCUGCUGUCAACCGGACCACGUUUGGAGCCCAAGAUGUUUUGAAAGAUCUCUGGGCUGGGCUCGGCCUUCCCUCCGAAGCCCUCGAUUCUGUUUCUCUGCCGGGAGCUGAUGCUCUGGUCAUUCCAUCUUCAUACAAACUGGGUAUUCUUGCUCAAAGUGCGAUCGCCUUGACCGCACUUGGAGCAGCCCAAAUAUACUCUCUGCGCAGUAACAAGCCUGUUCCCAGAAUCCAAGUACCUUUAGAGCACGCGGCUGUCGAGUUCAAGUCGGAGAGGCUGUAUAUUCUGGACGGCAAACCAGCCCCUUCACCAUGGGGUCCCAUUGGAGGGCUGCACAAGACGUCUGAUGGUUACGUUCGAGUCCACGACUCGUUUCCCAACCAUGCGAAUGGGAUUCUGGAGCUGAUGGGACUUCCUUUAGAUUCCUCCAGGGAACGUCUCGCCGAGAAAAUCGCCGAAUGGGCCAGUAUUGACCUAGAGCAUGUAGCUACAGUGGAAGGCAAGCUGACGACUUAUGCUCUUCGGUCAUAUCGGCAAUGGGAUUCAUUGCCUCAAUCAAAGGCAAUCGCAACAUUCCCCAUAAAAGUCACCCAGAUUUCGUCUGCUGAACCAAAGUCCUUCCCCGAACUAGCGCAAUUGAGUGGUGCAAAAUGCCUACGUGGGCUGCGAGUUCUGGAAAUGAGUCGAGUCAUUGCUGCCCCUUUAUCUGGGAAGACCCUUGCAGCUCAUGGAGCCGAUGUCAUCUGGGUAACGUCGCCUCGGCUCCCCGACCUACCGACUAUGGAUCGAGAUUUUGGCCGGGGCAAGCGUACUGUCCAACUCGAUAUAAAUAACGCGGCCGACAAGGAACAGCUGAUCGAAUUGAUCAGGACAUGUGAUGUGUUCAUCCAGGGAUUUCGGCCUGGCAGCCUGGCUGCAAAGGGGUUUUCACCCGAGGAAUUGAUCAAGCUUAAUCCAAGUAUAAUCAUUGCCAAUAUGUCAGCGUUCGGGCCUGAUGGCCCGUGGUCUGGUCGACGAGGCUAUGACUCGCUUGUGCAGACUUGUUCUGGCAUGAACAUUUCCGAGGCCGAGCAUGCAGGCCAAGGCGAAGUCGCGCGCCCAACACCUUGCCAAGCCCUCGACCACGCUGGAGGUUACUACCUUACCUCUGGAAUAAUGACAGCCUUGUAUCGAAGGGCCACCCAAGGUGGCUCUUGGAGAGUGGAUGUAUCGUUGGCCGGUGUCAUGAAAUAUCUCCGCAGCUUGGGGCAAUAUCCUGGCUCAACAGGAUUCCAGUGCAAAGACUUUGAGAAGCCGUCAGAUGUUCCCGUUGAAUAUAUCGAAAAGAGGCCAACCGGGUUCGGUAUGAUGGAGGCCAUCCGUCAUAGUGCCUCGGUUGAAAGUUGUGAAGUUGGCUGGGAAGUCAUGCCCAAGCCUCUGGGUUCCGACACGCCCCAAUGGAUGUGA